AUGGCCCCGAAUGUCGAAAUUUCCAUCCCGACAGCCACCAUCGCGGACGCUCCCAGUCCGUAUACGCUAUACAACAUCACCAUCCGGCUGCCUCUACGGUCGUUCGUUGUCCAGAAACGCUAUUCAGAAUUUGCAUCGUUCCAUGACGCACUAGUCCGCCAGGUUGGCGCCCAACCACCCGUCGCUCUGCCCGGGAAGUCCUGGUUUUCCAACACGAACUCGAACGAGACUCUGCGCGAAGAGCGGCGCAAAGGCCUGGAAAGAUACCUGCGGGCCAUCAACGAGAGCGAGGACCCGCGAUGGCGUCAAACAAGCGUCUGGAGGUCCUUUCUAAACCUCCCCUCCCAAGCCCUGUCGGAUAGCUCUGCCGCAUCGAAGCUUCACAAGUCCAUCACGGAACCGGGCGCGCCAGGCGGCGGACCGAUCACGGAUCCAGUCCUGUGGCUGGAUUGCUACCGGGAGAUGAAGGCGCACUUACACGAGACGAGGCUGCAUCUGACGAGACGUGAUCAGGCCACGACUCCACAGAAACAACACGAGAGCUCGGCACAGGCCAAAAGCAGCUUGGUGAAAGCAGGGUCGAUGAUCGGCGCUCUUGAGGAAGGGCUGAAGAACCUGAGCGACAAGUCGUCUGGAUGGGGCGGCAGCAGGUUAGGCGAGGGAGAGAUCCGUCGGAGGAAGGAUCUCAUCGCGAGCGCCAAGAAAGAGAAGGACGGAUUGGAGAAUCUGCACAACGCGAUGGUGACGAAGAGCAAGCUCGACAACGCUGUCGCUUCGAUGCAGGACAAGGACGCCCUGGUGGGGAGCGCCAAACCCCGUUCUGGACGAGUCCUGGGCAAGGAAACGGACAAGACGCGGGAACUCGACAACCAGGGCGUGCUCCAGCUGCAGAAGCAGACGAUGGAAGAGCAGGACCGGAGCGUGGAGGAGUUGAUGAAAAUCGUCGCUCGACAGAAGGAGCUGGGGAUCGCCAUUAACAAUGAGCUGGAGAUCCAGAACGAGUUGCUCCGGAAAGCCGAUGAGGAUGUGGACAUGUUCGUACUCUCGCUGCUGAUUUCAUUAUUUACAAUACUGCCCGUCGUGCAUUUACUAACUGGAGUAAUAAUAACUAGAUUACAACGGAAAAUCGAUAUCGGAAAGAGAAGGCUCGGGAAGAUAUCCUGA